CCCGGCUCAGGCCAGAGCCAGCAGCACAUCGAGUGCGUGGUGUGCGGGGACAAGUCCAGCGGCAAGCACUACGGCCAAUUCACCUGCGAGGGCUGCAAAAGUUUCUUCAAGAGGAGCGUCCGCAGGAACUUAACUUACACAUGCCGUGCCAACAGGAACUGUCCCAUCGACCAGCACCACCGCAACCAGUGCCAAUACUGCCGCCUCAAGAAGUGCCUCAAAGUGGGCAUGAGGCGGGAAGCGGUUACGCGAAGAAGAAUGCCUCCAACCCAACCCAAUCCAGGCCAGUACGCGCUCACCAACGGGGACCCCCUCAACGGCCACUGUUACCUGUCGGGCUACAUCUCUCUGCUGCUGCGCGCGGAGCCCUACCCCACCUCGCGCUACGGCAGCCAGUGCAUGCAGCCCAACAACAUCAUGGGCAUCGAGAACAUCUGCGAGCUGGCCGCGCGCCUGCUCUUCAGCGCCGUCGAGUGGGCCCGCAACAUCCCCUUCUUCCCGGAUCUGCAGAUCACCGACCAGGUGUCCCUGCUCCGCCUCACCUGGAGCGAGCUGUUCGUGCUCAACGCGGCGCAGUGCUCCAUGCCGCUGCACGUGGAGGAGAAAAAUCAAAGGUUGCUGCCUCUGCAUGUGUGUGCUUCUCUCUCCAGCUCCCCUAGGCUUGGUGGGGGUUUGGUUUAUUUUAUUUGUUUUGGGGCUGGUCGAAGAGUGGGGAAGCAUGGAUGGGUGGAUUUCUUUCAUUUUCUCUUCUAUUUCUUUUUUUCUCCUUUUCUCCUCAAAAAAGAUUAUUUUAAUGGCUUGUUGUUUGUGCUUUUGCUGUUCACUGACCUAACCAUGUGCCCGCUCCCCUUGUCUCUCCUUCCUGUGGCUGCUUGGGCAGAUGCCUGUGGCCUGUCGGAUGCCGCCCACAUCGAGAGCCUGCAGGAGAAGUCUCAGUGUGCGCUGGAGGAGUAUGUGAGGAGCCAGUACCCUAACCAGCCCAGCCGCUUUGGCAAACUGCUGCUGCGCCUGCCCUCCCUGCGCACAGUGUCCUCCUCAGUCAUCGAGCAGCUGUUCUUCGUCCGUUUGGUAGGUAAAACCCCCAUCGAAACUCUCAUCCGUGAUAUGUUACUGUCUGGGAGCAGCUUCAACUGGCCUUACAUGUCCAUCCAGUGUUCCUAAUCCUUGGGCACUUCCCACCUGCCCCCACCUCCUUAGAGACUCAGAGGACCUGCGGGGGGGGCCAUGGACUCCAAAGCCUGGGGGACCGGGCAGCUGAUGCAGGGUGCAGCGUGCGGGGCAGGCUGGGCAGCGGGGAGGAGGAGGGCUGGGAAGGCAGGAGCAGCCCACCCUACAGAAAUGCAACCCAAGCUACAAUCCAGGAGAAAAAGAGACUCUUUUAGGAUCAGAUCUGUGAACACAUUGGAAAGGAAAGGAAAAGGACCUUGUGUCUGGUGAGAAAAAGAAAACAAUCUUUGCAAGAGAGGACCAUGAGAAUUUUAAUAAAACAGAAGGAGACUAAUGGACCUUCCAGGAUUUAUUGUGGACGGAUGUGGAUAUAUUCUGUACAGAAAACAACACAUGGAAGUGGACUGAAUCCUAUGUAGAAACACACACGCACCCCCAAACAUGGUUAUUCAUUUUGUAAGAUACUAGUCUUUAUUUUCAUUUUUUGUAAAAUUUAAACAUCGUAUGCACAUAAAAAAGGAAACAAGAAUUAGGGGAAAAUAACAUUUUCCAAAUAAUUAUAAAAAAUUGUCCUGUGUCUAUGUAUCUAUAUCUGUUUUGUAUUUUUUUCUGGUUCCAAACCAGAUUUCCUGUGAUUCUAUACUAAUAAUUUUUGAUAUAACCCUUUGCUUCUUAUAAUGAGUGCGAUAUAUGUUGUCAAGGCUGUUCUUCAAGAAUUAAAAUUGAAGUGAAAAUUUAAACAAAAAUAAAAGAAUUUAGCAAAACCCA